CUCUCUCUCUCUCUCUCUCUCUCUCUCUCUCUCUCUCUCUCUCACUCUCUGUUUGUGUGCUGACUGUACUAUGGCUUCGUUGCUCUUCAAGGAAAAGAGAGGAGUCAACUUCUCCUGCGUCUCCCCCGCAUCGGCAGCGAUAUGCACAAGCAUAGAUCGGCGGUCGAUGGUUCAGCCGAGCACCGGCAGAACCAUCGAUCGGCACACGCCUCAUCUGAGAGAUCCGCGACGAGCUAAGGCUAGUGUCAACGCCAUGUCACAGACGCCCACAAAGCCAAAAACCUGCAACCAGAGGAACAAGAAGAGCUUGGAGAGAGCCAGUGAUACGCUCAGUACACCAGGCUCCACUCGCUACCUGCUUGAUGACGACUACGGUGAUGCCUACUUCAGCAAUGUGCUGCCGGAUGUGGAACCCCUUCCUCCGCUCAUGUCGCUCGAGCCACCCACUCUACGAGCGCUGAUGAGAGAAGAACCAGCUCGAUUGAGGCCAUCUGCUGCUGCCAGAACACAGGGCCAGGUGGUGGUCUUGCGGGUGUCUUUGCACUGCAAGGGCUGUGAAGGGAAGGUAAGGAAGCAUAUCUCCAAGAUGGAAGGGGUGACAUCAUUCGACAUCGACUUCGCGACGAAGAAGGUGACAGUCAUCGGAGACGUGACACCACUGGGAGUUCUGAGCAGCAUCUCCAAGGUCAAGCAUGCGCAAUUCUGGCCAUCUCCACCACGCGCAUCGGAUUCCCUGUGACGAUCAUUGGCUGCUGCUCUCUGGAAGCUGUAAAAAACCUAUGUGAGGGUGUCUGUAAAAAAACGAGAACAUUUGCUGUAGUACUUCUCUCAUGUCUUGGAUGCUGCUGGGAUUGUCUGGGAAACAAACAAAUCAUCCGGUUAUCUCCUCAUCAUUUCGGUCAUAAUGGAUCCGAUCUCGGCCUUUCCUCUUGUUC